AUGGCAUCCUAUUCCUCUGGAAGUACAGGUCCCCAUGAAAACAGAUCAUCAUUACGCUCAGAUUCGGCACCCACCUUACCAGGCGAAGUUGUACCUGAAGAUGUAAAUGACGUCGAAGUAGUGAUGGGAUUCAAAAAUAAAGGGGAAAAGGAGAGAGAGAGCAGGGAGGUGGACUCAAACGACGAUGUGCUCUGGGUGAACUGGGAUGGUCCUAGUGACCCACUCAAUCCAAAAAAUUGGUCGUACAAAAAGAAAUGGGCAGCGACUAUUGUUGUCUCAUCAUUCACAUUCAUAUCGCCAGUUUCCUCGUCAAUGGUUGCACCUGCGACAGAACAGGUGGCUCAAAAGUUUGGUAUUACCAGUACCGUGCUCAUAGCUAUGACGACAAGUGUUUUCGUUUUGGGUUACGCUGUCGGACCUCUGUUUCUGGGACCUCUGAGUGAAAUCUAUGGUCGUUCUCGAGUUCUUCAGUGGUCUAAUCUUUUCUACCUGAUUUGGAAUAUCGCUUGCGGCUUCGCUCAGAGUAAAAACCAACUGAUAAUUUUUCGCCUAUUGGCUGGAUUAGGCGGCAGUGCGCCACUUUCGAUCGGUGGAGGCGUGCUUGGAGACAUAUGGCAUGCUGAGGAAAGAGGAAGGGCAAUCGCGAUAUACUCACUGGCUCCACUCCUUGGACCUGUUAUUGGGCCCGUGUGUGGUGGUUGGAUAGCGGAGCGUUCAACAUGGAGAUGGGUGUUCUGGUCAACAAGUAUUGUGGAUGUCCUUGUUCAGCUCUCGGGUUUGUUCUUCCUCCGCGAAACUUUUGCGCCAUUUAUACUCGAACAAAAGGCCAAGGCUAUCCGUCAGGAGAUGGAGCAAGGUGCUCGGGCACAUCGAGAAGUGAGGACAAUAUUUGAGUCAGCGGAAUCGCGAUCAUGGCAGCGCAUAUUUGCGAAAGCAUUGACUCGGCCGUUCCAGCUCUUUGCCUUCGAAACCAUCGUUCAGAUUUUAGGCGUAUACAUGGCCUUCGUGUACGGGAUCUUUUAUCUUUUCUUGACCACGAUACCAGUCAUCUUCAGGAAUAACUAUCAUGAGGGCCCUGGGAUUGGAGGACUGCACUACAUCGCACUCGGACUCGGCCUAUCUGGGGCAUCGCAACUGAAUGCAAGGUUUAUGGACCGCAUAUAUGUUCACUUCAAGAAGAGGAACAAUGGUGUGGGCGAGCCUGAAUUCCGUCUUCCAACAACCAUCCCGGGUUCCUUGAUUCUUCCUUUUGGGCUGCUUUUGAGCGGUUGGGCUGCUGAGAAACAGUUACAUUGGGUGGCUGUCGACAUUGGUACUGCGUGUGUUGGUGGUGGUAUGAUACUCGUGUUCCAGGGCAUUCAAACCUACGUUGUCGAUACAUUUACACUUCAUGCAGCCUCUGCCCUGGCAGCGGUCUCAAUGUUACGUUCGCUAGCCGGAUUCGGAUUCCCGUUGUUCGCCCCUGCCAUGUAUGCUAAACUUGGAUACGGGAAAGGAAAUACCAUCCUAGCGGCUUUGGCCAUUGUUUUAGGUUGCCCUGCGCCGCUUCUUCUUUGGAAAUACGGCAAACGAAUUCGCAUGAGUAGCAGAUAUGCCUCAAAACAGACACAUCCGCGAUCGCCACCCAUCUCAGCCGGUCCAACUCUGGAAGCUCCCCAACACGACCACAACCAUAACGAAAAGAAGAGUGCUGUUUAA